AUGGAUGAUAAUUGUUCAAAUGUGUUAAUGUCUGUGCAUAGACCAAUGUCAGUAAUUGCAGCUGAAAUAUUAGACUACAGUGACCAUAAUCUUAGCCAUAGGGAAAAUUACACAUUGGGAAUACAGCAAUCUGUUUCCUUCAGCUUGUAUAUAACUAGACUUAUUGUCCAGUCAUAUCUAGUGCCUAUAGUUGUCACGAGUGGAAUUAUUGGCAACAUAUUCAAUAUCAUCGUGCUAAUCAACCCGAAGAUGAGGACGUCAACAAACGUGUAUCUUAUGUCGCUUGCAAUGUGCGAUUCCCUGUACCUUUUGUUUUGUUUGACACUGGCAUUCUUACACUGUUCAAACACUGAUCUUUCAAAAGAGGCUUUCAUGUACAUACCUAAUGCCAAAGUACUCUCUGAUCUUUUCAGUAACACCGCCGUAUGGCUUACGGUUUGUUUUACCCUAGAGCGUUUCAUCGCCGUUCGAUUACCAAUUCGCGGCAAAGCGUGGUGUACAGUCAGCAAGGCCAAAGUUGCAAUUUUAGUAACGUUCGUUUUUAGUGCAGGGAACACAUUACCGGAGUUCUUUGAAACAAAAAUUGUUCAAAUCGCUGGAAACGGUUCCGCACACUAUCAAUGCGAAUCCACGGAGUUUGCUGAAACAUACAGCUAUCAUAUUGGCUAUUACUGGUGGUUUGUUGCGAUAUUCACUUUCGCGCCUCUGGUUCUGCUGGCUAUGUUUAAUAGCCUUCUGAUAAAAUCUGUCUGGCAGGCUAACCGAAAACGUCAGCUUCUGUCACAGACAAGAAUUACCGGAGAGGCUAAUAAAGCGAAUAAAGAACAACAGAGGGUCACGCUUAUGCUCAUUUCCGUGGUGCUUAUUUUUCUUGUCUGUCAAGCUCCUCAAGCUAUUUUACUAAUUUACUGGUCUUACGUUCAAGCUAAUAACUUACCAUAUCAAGGUGACAUGGUCAAAAUUGCGGGUAAUGUUUGUAACCUUUUAGUACAAAUCAAUGCUUCCGUUAACUUUUUCUUGUAUUCGUACUUUAGUAGCAAAUUUAGGAAGACAUUCAAAGACGUAAUAUGCAUAUGUAGGCACUCGGAUAGACAGCGUUGCGUACACCGACCACUUCACAACACGUUUCGAGGGAAAUCUGCUUCUAGACACUCCAUGACGUCAUCAUCACUUAUUUCAUCGUCGUCAUUUAGGUCACACCGACGUGAAGUACAUUCAUCUAGAACGAAACCUUUGGAGACAAGAUGGAGUCAUUAUAAAAGUGCAGUUUUGUAA